CCGCCUGCCAAGUUUCCGGAGAUUCUCCCAUUGAACUUAGUGUGCGAGACAAAAAGACACGGCCACUGCCACCAACAAGACGGCUCUCCCAGCUGCCGGGUAGUGUGGGUUCGACUGCACUUCCAUCAAGUCAGGAGACAAAUGGAAAAUGGCUGGAAAAAAGAAAGAAACAGCACUGCAGAUUACUGUCUUGAGCCAGGAACAAUGGGAUGAAACGCUGGCUAUAACUGGGCUGACUGGAAACUCCACCCUGUAUUUUCCAACUGCUACUGUUUUGAUAUCUAGGCUUUUGGUCGAUGUAUACCAAGGGUGGUGUGGUCCAUGCAAGGCUGUGAUUAGCUUAUUUCGGAAGAUUAAAAAUGAGCUGGGAGACGACCUCUUGCAUUUUGCAGUGGCCGAAGUGGACAACGUUGACUCCCUACAAAAGUACAGAGGGAAAUGUGAACCCACUUUCCUUUUCUAUGGGGGAGGUCAGCUGGUUGCCAUUGUGAGGGGAGCGAAUGCUCCGUUGCUCCAGAGAACCAUUCUCGAACAAUUAGUUGCAGAAAAGAAGGUGCUUGAAGAGGGAGCUGACCGGAAAGUGGUCAAAGAUGGAGGUUUAGUAAAAGAAGACAAUGAGGAAGUGGCAGUGCUGCCAGUUGAUGAAGAGAAAGAACUGGUUACUACCAACAAGGCAUUCACAUUUGCGAUCAUUAAACCUGAUGCCGUGGCUCAUGGGAAAGCAGAUGAAAUAAUAAUGAAGGUUCAGGAAGCAGGCUUUGAAAUUAUCUGCCAAGAGGAGCGGACAUUAACAGAAGAUGAGGCACGAGGCCUCUACCAACAUCAGUCAGAGGAGUCUCAUUUUGACGAGCUAAUUCGCUUCAUGUCAAGUGGUCCCUGCCGUGCUCUGAUCAUAUCCAAACCUGAAGGAACGGAUGAAGUCAUUCCUCUGUGGAAAGAGUUCAUUGGCCCAACUGAUGUCGAAAUUGCAAAACAGGAGAAACCUGAAAGUCUCCGAGCUCUGUACGGUACUGAGAAGCUCUUCAAUGCAGUUCAUGGAUGUGAUGAUGAGGAACAGGCUGCCAGGGAACUUGCGUUUUUCUUCCCUAACUUUGGGGCCGGCUCUGAGGCCCAUCAUGACGCUGAGGCUGGACAGCGUGUGGAGAAGACCUUGGCUCUGAUCAGGCCAGAUAUCUUAAAGGAUAAAAAAGAAUCCAUCCUGCAGAAGAUUAGUGAGGCUGGCUUAACAGUAGCCAUGCAGAAGGAGAUCUUCCUUACAGAAAAACAAGUUUAUGAAUUUUACAGAGAGCACACGGAAGCAGAAUAUUUCCCAGCACUGCUUCAGAACAUGACCAGUGGCCCUGUACUAGCUUUGGCUCUUGCCAGCAAAGAUGCUGUUGCACGUUGGAGGAAUCAGCUGGGGCCUAAAGAUGUGCACCAAGCGAAAGAAGAAGCCCCUGAAAGUCUGAGGGCACAGUUUGCAGUGGAAUCUAUUCCAAUAAAUCAGCUGCACGGCAGCAGCACUCCAGAGGAGGCAGAAUGGGAGCUGAAGUUCUUCUUCCAAAUGGAACAUACGCUGGCCGUCAUCAAACCUGACGCAAUGGAGAAUCACAAAGAUAUGAUUAUACAGAAGAUUGAAGAAGGAGGCUUUAUAAUUUCACAGAUGGAAGAAAAGGUAUUUAGCAGAGAACUGGCUGAAGAGUUCUACAAGGAACACAAGGGCAAGCCAUUCUUUGACAAGCUGAUUGACUAUAUGACUGAAGGUCCAUCAUUGAUGAUGAUUCUAAGUAAGGAGAAUGCAGUGGAAGAAUGGAGAAAUUUGAUGGGUCCAACAGAUCCCGAGGAGGCCAAGAAAAUAGCACCAGAUUCCUUACGAGCCAAGUUUGCAAAGGAUGUCUUACAGAAUUCCUUGCAUGGUCCCACAGAUCAGAUGCAAGCCAUGGAAAAAAUCCAGUUUCUGUUUGGAGAGAUAAAUAUCGGAGUGGAUGGCAUUGUCCAAGGUAUUGAACCAAACUUGGAGAAAAUAGUUUACCCGGAGUAUAUGGAGGAAUCAGAAGAUACACAGUUGAGAGCCGAUGCAGAGGACUCAACAGAGAAAACUGAAGUAGGUGAUGAAACUCCUGUAGACUCUCAGACUGAAAACUCAAAGAGCGCCUUUGAUGAGAGCUUGCAGAAGAAUUUGCCAGAAGAAACUCCAGAGGUGCAAGUUAAUGAAGAGGAUUCCGUGGUGGCAUCUAACGAGGUGGAGGCAAAAGAAUUGGCUUCAGCAGAACCUGAAACUCCUGAUGUUGCUUACGCUGAGCACCUGAAGACAAGCUCUCCAGAUGGACCUACAGAGGAGGAGAAGGAAAAUGCAGAAGGAAAUAAUUCCAUCAGCGAUUCUGCAUAAUCAGCGGAGAAGGCAUUGGCUGGGGCUGCACAUAUGACCCCAUUACAAACAGUGCAAUGCAGCUCUUCAACAGCUCAGACUGACUAUGGCAGUCUGAUACUGAAAAAAAGCACCUUAACACCAAAAAAAUACAUAUAUGAAAAUGCAGUCUCUUGGAGGUAUUUUUCUUCAUCUGAUUCCUCACAGAACAACAUCUAUCAUUAAUCAUUCAUAACAUUGUUUUCCUUUUAAAUCUGAUUCUGAUAUUAACAAUCCAGCUUUAUUUGAUAAAGGGUGAUUCACUGAGGACUGAAAACUUGAUAUAUCAGUAGGUUUAGCACAAUAGUAUGACAGCUCGGCCCAUUCAGCGAGACAGUGCUCAAUUCCGAUGCUGUUCUGGGAGUAGUCCCUGUAGAAAGCAUGGGUUUUCCUCGGGUGCUCCGGUUUCCUCCCACAGUCCAAAGGCCGUUAGUUGGUCAUUGUAAAUUGUGUUGUGAUUAGGUUAAGGUUCAUCAGGGUUGCGAGCUUACUGGGGCGUUGGCGGAUUGAAGGACUGGUAGGGCCGACUCCGUGCUGUAACACUAAAUAAAUAAAUGACUACCAUGCCUUAAUUUUUUUAAAGUCACAUGAAGUUGUCCUACUUAACAUUAUUGGCACUAAUCAUUGAAAUUUUGUCAAUUUUACUUCUAUGUUUAUGACCACUGGUUAUUAAACUAGUCAUCAGAAGGAAUAGAUUUUCUCUUUCCAGUGCAUCAAAACCACUCAGCCUCUUGAAGAACUCUGUUUUAUUGUAUUCUAGUCUUAGAGUCAUAGUCAGAGUCGUAUAUCAUGGAAACAGGCUCUUAUUCCCAAUUAAUUUUCUGCUGGUCAAAGUAUCCAUCUAAGCAAAUGCAAUUUGCCCCCAUUUGCCCAUGUUCAUUUUUAUGUACUUACCUGUCUAAAUAUCUUUUAAAAGCUGUAAAUGUACCUCUCACUAGCAUUUCUAGUAGCUUUUUCCACAGACACAUCCUCUCACUUUAAACCUGUGCUGUCUAAUUUUAAACACUCUUACCCUGAAGAAAAGAUUGUAAUCGCCCACCUUAUUUAUGCCCCUUGUGGGUUGGUAUACUGUAUCUCUGCAUAAUCAAUCCCAGCUUCCUAAAUUCCAGGGAAAACAGGCUCCAGCCUAUCCAUUUGUCAAGCUGUUCAGUCCUAGCAACAUUCUUGUCAAUCUUUUCUGUGUUGUCUCUAACUUGAUAUUCUUCCUAUUAGCUGGAACUACACAGAAUACUCCAAAUGCAGUCCUGCCAAAGUCCUCUAUAGGCCUAUCACAGCACCCAUGACUGUAUCUAAUGUGCUGAUAAUGAAAGCAUUGUCUUCUUCACCAUCUGUGUUGCCAUUUUCAGGGAACUAUAUACUCGUACUCCACUUUGUUGUACAACGCCCUUAUGAGCCAUGCACUUACUGUGUAAGUCCUGGCUUAGAUUAACUUCCCAAGAUCACGCUUGUCUGUGUUAAGCUUCACUAGCUAUUCCUUGGCCCACUUUCCCAGUUGAUCUACAUCCUUUUGUAACCCUACACAAUCUUGUCUUCUAUCCACUACGCUACAAAUUUGGUAGAAUUAGCAGCCUUAUUGAUCAUACUAAAUUUUAAAUAUGAUUCAAUUUGAUUCUUUCACAUUUCAAGGAGCAUUAACCCUGUCAAAUCUCUGUCAGCAUCCUAUAGACAUUGCAGUAAGGCCCCUUGGAAACCUUGCUGAGGUCUUUAUAUCAAAAGAUUAAAUAGUUUUAUUUGUCACAUGUACAUUGACUCAAAGUGAAAUGCGUCAAUGACCAACAGAGUCCGAGGAGUGUUCUGAGGGCAGCCCGCAAAUGUCACCUCGCGUCUGGUGCCAAAUUAGCAUGCCCAGAACUCACUAACCCUAACCCAUAUAUCUUUUGGAAUGUGAGAGGAAACUGGAGUACUCAGGGAAAACCCAUGUGGUCAUGAAGAGAAGAUACAAAUUUCUUACAGUGGUGGGAAUCAAACCCAGAUUGGUGAUUACUGGCAUUGUAAAGCAAUUGCUCUAACCGCUAAGCUAUUGGGCUGCCUACCGCACAAAACAAGGUGCCUAAACAAUCCACGCUACUGCAGCUAACUAGUCAUUGAUGGGACAUACAUGCAUGCACAUCGGAUUUAACUAAGGAUGUGGAAAUCACUGUCUCCUUACUCUGGUCGUUUACAUCACUGAGUGUCGUGAUUUACCAGAAGGAAAUUUUCAAGUGUAAAGACUGAAUUACAACUUAAAUAUGAUCUAUAAAGAAAUGUUGCAGAUGAUAAUGUGUGCUAAUGAUAUUUGUAAUACGUGUUGUUUUAUCAUAAAGUUAUCUCAAUCUAGCAGUACAGUGUACUUGAGCUGAGAUGUUCCCCCAUUACUUAAUGGAUCUUGGAAAAUAAACAUUA